AUGGCCAUGAUUGAGCCUAACUGUUUUGAAGAAGCAUCAAAGCAUGAAGUAUGGGUCAAGGCUAUAAAAGAAGAGAUUAAAAUGAUUGAGAAGAAUAACAUUGGGGAACUCAUAAAUUGUCCUCAUGGAAAAGACAUCAUAGAAGUGAAAUGGAUAUAUAAAAAUAGACUUAUUCCUAAUGGAACUAUACAAAAGCAAAAAGCAAGAUUGGUCGCUAAAGACUACUCACAACAACCAGGAAUAGACUACAAUGAGUCAUUUGCUCCAGUUGCUCGCUUAGAUACAAUUAAAGUCUUAAUAGCUCUUGCAGCACAAAAAGGAUGGAGCAUAUAUCAAUUGGAUGUCAAAUAA